UAAAUUGAUUAAACUCAAAACCCUUGUCGUUCCCCAAAUCACUCACUCUCUCAAAGAAGCAGCAGUCUUCAUUGUCGCGUUGUUUCUCUUUCUACCAGUGCCAAUGGAAACCAGGAAAAGACAAGCUACUUCUGAGCCUCAUCAAUUAGAUGUAGAUCAAGGGGAGGUUGCGGAUGAAGUCCUUCAUGAUGAUGAUUUAAGUGAGCCAACUAUGGGUGAGAAGCUUGCAGGUCUCACUUUGCCAGACAAUAGCAAACUCAAGAGUGAUAAGGAGCAAGAUUCUUCUCUACUAACCAAGCCUCCAAGUGCAGACUCUGUUCAUGUUUUGCUUAUGCAAGCAUUAAAUGCUGAUGAUCGCGCCCUUUUACUAGAUUGCUUGUAUACGCAAGAUGAGAAGGUAAUUACAAAGUCAAUAGCACAGUUGAGCCCUUCAAACGUCAUCAAAUUCCUACACUAUCUCAUAUCCAUUACCGAGUCUAGGGGUGCAGUUUUGACAUGUGCUCUUCCAUGGCUCAAGCGUCUAAUUCUACUGCAUGCAAGUGCGAUAAUGUCCCAGGAAUCUUCGGUACACGUUUUGAACUCUUUGUAUCAGCUGAUUGAAUCUAGAGUUUCCACUUUUGACCCUGCCGUUCAUCUGUCAAGUUGCUUAGACAUUCUUUACUCAAGGGUUAUUGAUGAAGAAGUAGGUGAUGGUCAAACUGUACCAGUUAUCUACGAGGAUAAGGAUGAUAGUGAAGAAGAAUCCGAGGCUUUGGAAACACACCAAGAUAGCAAUGGUGAAGAACAAUCUGAUGAAGCGUUUGAAGAAGUCAGUGAUAUUGAAGAAAGUAACGAUAUGAUGGACGAAUGAUCAUGCACGCACGCAUCUUUAUUGUUCUUCUCAGAACCGUCAUAGCAUGAUGCCCCGGCUGAGAACAACUAGCUACAGUACUCGUGAUUGGGUUUGCUGAAACCGGUAAAUAGGGCCGACGACUCCGAGGGAGUCAAGGCUGAGUGCGCUUCUUUGCACCCAUUUGGUCACUCACAAAUCACAAUUUUGAAGUCUAAAGACUAGCGUAUUGCGCUGACAGCCCAUUCUCUCAGUUAUUGGAAUUUUUAAAUUUUUAACCUAUAAAUUUGAUUCGUACUUUUAAGUUAUUGUCAAAUUAUUUUAUAUAGUAGUUAAAUUAUAAACCAGACAGUUGCAUUUGAAGUGUAUUAGAAAUUUUAAUUCACCACUCCCGAGACAAAAUUGUAAUGUACUUCGUAAUAAACGCAAAUCAUGGAUACAUAGUUGAUACUAAUUCAAUGCUAUAUAUGU